AUGGAGUUAACCUCUGGUUUUACAUCAUGUUUACAAAAAUAUUUAGAUUUUGAGAUUAAUAAGAAUACCCAAGAAUUUACUAUUGUGGAAGGAAAUGACAGAAUACUACCAGAUGAAGAGUCUGGUGAAAAGAACCCUAUUCUUUUGGUGCUUGAUUCCUCUUUUAAUCCACCGCAUUGGGGUCAUUAUACACUGAUCAAGAAAUCAUAUGAAUAUUAUUCUCAGUCGUACCCUAACAAGAAAAUUCAUGUGUUAUUGCUAUUAUCGGUUCAGAAUGCUGAUAAAGAGGCAAAACCGGCAAGUUUUGAUAAAAGAAUGGACAUGAUGUGUAUUAUGUCGAGGUUAUUAAAUAAAAAUUUUGAAAGUUUGUCUACUUAUGUUGGAUUAACUAUCUUUGGUAAAUUUGUUGACAAGGAUUCUAUUAUCAGAAAAAAGUUUUUCAAUCAGGGAGUGAUUGUUUACCUUGUUGGAUUUGAUACCAUUAUAAGAAUAUUUGAUCCAAAAUAUUAUAUCCCACAGGCUCUAGCAGUAGUACUGCAACAUUUUAUGAAAAAUGUUGAAUUCUGUUGUUUGACAAGAUCAAAUGUUAAUGAUAAUGAGUCUGAAGAUUUUACAAAUCAAUCAACUUAUUCGCAAGACAUAUUACAGGGUAAAUAUGAACCACUGAUACCAAAAGAAUGGGGCCAUAAGAUUAAUAUAUUAUCUAACAAUCCAAAGUAUAUCAACGUUUCAUCAUCUAAAAUUAGAAAGCUUAUGGUACCUUUGCAUGGAACAAAAUCGUUAAAUGAGGAAAUAUUGAAUGACUUGAAAAAACAGUUGCCAAAUCAAAUAAUUGAAUAUAUCAUACAAUCAAGCGAAAGUAAGUCUAUAUUUUCUGCUUAG